AUCAAAGAACAUGUUGCAGCUGUCACUAGCCCUGCUGCUAUUUCUGGCUCUCUUCGCCAGCCUAGAAACAGCACCUUCCUCUUCGUCUGGAGAGAAAUUCGUGCGGGUCUACGAGAUCAAUGAGGAGCAGUACGCGCGGGUUUUGCAGCUAACGAAAGGCAAGAAUGUCAUCUCAGAGGCCCGUUUGAUCAACGGAGGCUUUGCCACUGUUAGCGAGACCUUGAGUUCCGGCUGGAACUCUCUCCUCAGGAUCGUGGGCCUCACUACCCUCAGUAGGGCCGACGAGGCCGAGAAGGUGGACUUUGAGGGUCAGCCCUUGUGUGUGAUCAAAUCGCGGGAGGGCGAGGGCAGGGACGAGGAGGUGACCUCCGCUCGCAGCUCGGGAAGAGCCAUCGAAGACGAGGAGGACUCCGCCAUCCAUUGCAUUGUGGUGCUGAAGAAGGACUUUGAGCUACCCACCCAGGAUCCUCAGCCCAAUUUCGCUCAGUUAUGGAACAAACCUGAGAUGGUUAACCCUGUAGAGAUGUCUGCUGUUUCCACGCAGCCUGAAGAAGUGACUGAGGAAGAGGAGACCACAGCAGCUCCUUUGAGAAAGAAGAAGGUUAACAAGAGCACCUAUCCCAAGGCAGCCAGUUUGGAGGAAGAUUCGGAUUCAGACUCGGAUUCUGAUGGUUCCCGCCAAUAUGCAGGUGGUUACCCACCGGUGCCUCCUCAAUAUGGAGCUACCUAUCCUCCACCUCCCUAUGGCGGUUAUCCCUUAGGUCCCUCCUAUCCCCAGCCCUAUCCAAACCCUCAGCUUCCUCAGCUUCCUCAACUUCCCUAUGGACCUUCACCUUAUGGUCAGUUACCUUAUGGACAAUCGCCUUACGGACAAUCGCCUUACGGACAGUCUCCUUACGGACAGUCUUCCUAUGGACCGUACCCCCAACAACCCUAUGGACCCCAACCGCCCAUUGGUCCCUACAAUCUUCAGCCUUUGGGGUCCUAUGGAUAUCCCAACUGGGAUCAAGCAAAUGCUAAUAAGGAUGUAGAGAAAGCCCAGGCUGAUGACGACCAAGAAGAAGAAGAUGAAGAUUCAUACGAGACGGAAGACGAAGAUGACUAUCGCUAUAAGAAACGUGUUUACUCCUACAAACCUGUGUACCUUAAUUACUAA